GCUGAGCUCGCAGUUUGUUGGUUGCCGGUAUAUCGAAACGACUAAAGUGCCACGUUUAUUUUAUUAAUUAUUUGCUAGUUGAGAGCAGCAUGUCGUGGUCCACCGUUGUGACAAUCGUCACAGUUUUCGUCGCUAGUGUUACGUGUCUGCCCAUGGACAUUGAAGCACCUGCUACAGAUCUGCUGCCUCCGAAAAUUGGCAACGAACCAACAAUUGCAACUGAUUUGCUGCCACCUGUAGAUGAAUAUGGACCAUUAUCCAUAACCGAACUGAUGACUUCAGAAAUAGACAGUGGACCAACACUAGCUACUGAUUUGGUGCCACCCCCGUUACCCGAAGACAUAAAUGAAAAAAAAGUACCAGCUAUGUUAUUUAUAAUCAAUCUUAUUGCAGUGAAGAAUAAAACUGCCGAGGACUCGAAUGACGUGUUGCAGAAUGAUUUUAUCGAUGAAGUCCCUGAUGAGGUUGCAGUACCUUUGGCAUUAUUCCUAUUGGUUGUUGACGAUGAAGAUGAAAAUUCACCUGUAAGUCUGGACGAAGUUGCAAAAGAUCUUGAAGAAGAAGGUUUCACUGUAGAGAAAGUUGUCAACAACGGUGAGACGAGACUUGUCAAAGUAGAUAUUGAUUCGGUUGAGACGACAGUAAGAAUUCCUAACAAAAAUAACAAUUUUAAUAACUUUCUCGAAGAAGAAAACAAAAAUCAUAUUUCACUUAAAAAAUCUGAUAAAAUUAUGAGUGUUCGUAGAAAGAGAAAUAUUCACCUGUACAGUAAACUGGAUGAGCUUAAGAAAAGGAUUCGCAGUGCCAAUCAUGCUAUACAUUAGUAUGAAAAUUACCAUUUAUUGAUACAUAAUAAUUAUAAAUGACUAAUGUAUAAGUUAAAAUAAAUAAAAAUAUUUUACGUAUGGGCAAUUUUCACAAACUUCGGAUUUUAUUAUAAAUAAAACAUGUCUAAAUUUUUAAUAUACAUUCCUUUGGCUGUUAGAAUAUAUAAAAUCCAACGUAGUGCAACAUUUGAAAGCAACACACUAAACGUUAUUAACUUUUUUUAAUGAUUUCCAACUUAUUUUCGGAGAAUAAGUUAUGAAACCAUGUUAUCAAUAAUAAAUAAAUAAAAAAAACAAAUAAAAUCAAAUUACAAAAAAAUAUUUAUUGUACGUGAAGGUUAUAGACGAAAUCCACUAAACUGUGUACUUUGUAGACACCGCAAAUCGAAAAUUUUCUUUUUAAUCUAGCACUUCCGAACAAACUUUUUCUUAUUCUGUAUGUUACACAAUGAUAAAAAGUGUCGGGGAAAAUUUGAAAAAUUAGCUGCGACUUUAUUUUCCAUUUAACAAUAAUUGAAUAAUAAAACCAUAAUUCUAAUAAAUUAAGUCCAAUCAUCAAUUUUGAAAGUAAAGAAAUAUUUUGUUAAAUAAAAUUUUGUUAAAUAUUUAACAAAAUAAUAUUUUGUAAAAUAAAAUAUAUUGAAAAUAAAGAAGUAUUUGUUAAAUAAAAAAUUUGUCUCGACUGUACAUCGAUUUCAUCGUAUGUGCGUUCGGCAAGUUAUUAAUGCAAGACUUUAUCGAUUUAUUCGUUCAAAAUGUAUUUUAACUGAAAUUGCACGUGUAAUAAAUAUAAACAUAUUUUUUUGAAUUUUCAUUUUCUUUUUUCACUCUGUAAAUUUUUAAAUAGUGAUGUAAAAAAUGGGGGAGUGAUUUUUAGCUUAAUAGUGUUGUAAAAAUGGAGCACAAAUGUAUUUAGUCAAAAUUUUUAAAGACAAAUGAUGUGCUAAUAAAAAAAUAUGCGUUUUUGCUAAUGUGCACGUUUUUCCAGCUUAAGUAUACAUUCCAUGUUUACUCCCUAAUUAUGGGAGCACAUAAUUUCGCCAUGUGGGUUGGGUUAUUCUUGGCUAUUUCGCACUUUCAUGUGUACAACAAUUGUGCGAAAUUAAAAAUUAAUCCGUAACCUAAGGGUUAUAAGUCAAUCGAAAUAGCCAAGAAUAACCCAUGUAUAGAUUUGUUGCUUUUGGAACAUUAUCUAUGUGGUUUUAUAAUGAUUUUGUUUACUCACCAAUAGCAAUGCCGCAUAAUAGUAAUAGACAUUAAAAAUGCAAAAAAGUAGUCAUGCCACUUUCGUGCCUUAUAAUUUUUUCCCUGUUAAGAGCACAUAUUUCUAAACAUAUUCUAACCAAAUUCUGCAGAAAAAAUAAGAAAGUUACGCAUCGUUUUCUGCAAAAUUUUCUAUUUAAUUUAUGUUUCAUAUAUAUUUUUGUCUUCAAAAUGUAUACUAUAUUAUUUUUUUUGUGUUUAUGUGUUGCAAACAAUGUGUUAAUCUAGUUCUUGGAUAAUAAACAAGCAAGAAUAUCGUAUUAGCACAAAAAAUAUAGCGACACACAAAAAUCUGAACUAAUUGACGAUUGCCCAUGUACAAGUUUACAUAAGUAUUCUUUUUCAAAAGUUCGUUAAAAUGCAUUAUGAGUUCUAUAUUAUAGUAUCUUUAAAUAUCCAUAUAUAUUUUGUAAAUUUUUUACGAUCAGAUACGAUAUGUUGCAAUUUAAUUUAUAUUAAGUUG